AUGUCGUCCACCGCUGGCACACCACCCUCGCCGAUGGUGCAUCUCCCGCCCCUCUCGCCGGAACAGCCAAAAACCGGGAUCCUUAUCAAUCCAGACGAGCCCGCUAGGCGUCCCUCCCUCACUAUCCCAACAUCCCCCGUCCAGCCUUCCGCCCCUUCCCCUGGCGCAGCCCGGAUCCGCUUUGCUCCCCUGCCAGAUCCGCGUCCCCGGUCCCUCUCGACCGGGCGGAACAUCGGCUGGACUUCCAGUGUCGAUGACGACGGCAACGAGACGCGCCAUAUGGAGGUGCGGAACAUCCCUCAAUCUAGUCUCAGCUAUGAUACGGAUGAAGCAAUCAGCGAUGGAGAGGACGAUGACCGGCGGAUGCGAGGCAGGAGCUGGAGUAGGGGCAUGGAGAGUAGCUGGAAGAUUAGCAAGAAGAUUUUGACGGUGGGGAUGUGGGAUGACAAGGAGGAAAAGACGUACGAGGGCGGGAUGCCGCUCAAGAAGAGUGUCAGCACGGGCGGGAUGAUUGGAAGGCAGUCCAUGCAGGGCUUGCCUAUCCCCGCCUCGACGUCCCACCGCCGCAUGUCUUCCCUCGACCCGGCAACGUCUCCCCUGGCAACUUCGCCCACACCCGUCAAGGUCAAGCUUAUGAACGGGCGGGUGUACGGUGCGCGUCGAGCCUCGGAGCUGGCAGAGCUGCAGAAGAAGCAGCGGGAAGCUGCCGAGCCGGAAUUCGUCGAGUGGGGCAAUGGAGGGCAAGGGGCGGUCGCGGCGGUCAAGUCGAGCGGGAGGGGACUACUGGGAGACGAUGACGACGGGAGUGGGAUGGAGUGGGUCAAGCGGAGGCGAGAGGAGCGACAGCGGCGGGAGGCGGAGAAGAAGCAAGAGGCUCCAAAGCUUCUGCACACCAACUCGUCACCGGAAGCCGAGUCGACCCUGACUCCCGCUCUAAGUCAAAGUCCUCUACCACCUACCCCAAUCAUUCAAAUCUCCGAGCCUGUCUCACCCACGGCUACGGCUACCGGUCAGUCAGAGGCUAUUGAUAUCCAGCCGAAAGCGCCUCAAGCUGGAGGAGAUGUCUUUGAAGACGAGUCGGAGGAGGAGGACGAUGGGGACUUUUCCGAUGAUGACGAAGAGGAGGAGGAAGCUGCUAGAACUACAUCGUCGGCGGCUGGGAUCGAGAUUAUGUCUAGGCACCACCACUAG